AUGGGAAAGCAAGGACCUUGCUAUCACUGUGGUGUUACAAGCACUCCUCUGUGGCGAAAUGGGCCACCUGAGAAGCCAAUACUGUGUAAUGCGUGUGGAUCACGAUGGAGAACAAAAGGAACACUUGCGAACUAUACUCCACUACAUUCUAGGGCAGAACCUGAUGAAUUUGAGGAUUACCGAGUUUCAAGAGUGAAGAGCAUGUCUAUUAAGAACAAAGAGGCAAAGGUGCUAAAAAGAAAGCAGAAUCAUGAAAAUGCUAUAGUUGGAAGGGUUGCACGUGAUUCUAACCAGAGUCUUUGGAAGGCUCUAGAUGAAGAUACAAGUAAUAGAUCAAGUUCUGGGUCCGCCAUAUCUAACUCUGAGAGCUGUGUGCAGUUUUGUGGUGCAGACGCAAGUGAUUUGACAGGCCCAGCCCAAUCCAAUGUAUGGGAAACAAUGGUACCAUCGAAGAAGAGGACCUGUGUCAGUCGUCCAAAGCCAUCUCCAGUCGAGAAGCUUACUAAAGAUUUAUGUACCAUCUUACAUGAACAGUCAUCCUACUUCUCUGGAUCUUCUGAGGAGGAUUUGCUUUUUGAGAGUGAUAAACCAAUGGUAUCUGUUGAGUUUGGACAUGGAAGUGUUCUUAUUCGGCAUCCAAGCUCAAUAGUUCGAGAAGAAGAAUCCGAAGCUAGCUCUCUUUCUGUUGAUAAUAAGCCACACCCCGUCAAUGAGGCAUACUCCCGGAUGACUACCCUUCCUGCACAUAUUGAUAACAAGGGUGUCAACUUUCCAGGUCCAUGGAUUGAUAAAGUCAAGAAGGCUUCUGGACAGGGAAUGGAACAAGAACAAAUUAAAAGGGAUGAGGCUCAGCGUGAAAAACUACAGAUUCUGGGAAGUCAGAAUUCGCCACUACAUUAUGCAGAUUUAAAAGAUGCUCUUAACUUCGACGAGUUUGUUGGUCAUUUGACAGAUGAUGAACAACAACAACUGCUGAAGUACCUACCAUGUAUUGAUACAGGCAGAUAUCCUGACAGCCUUAAAAGCAUGUUUGAUAGCCCUCAGUUCAAGGAGAACAUAUCCUCCUUCCAGAAACUUCUUGCGGAAGGUGUUUUUGAUCUCUCUUUAUUGAGCACAGAAGCUGAGGACUGUAAAACUUUGAAGAGGCUUGCUUUAUGCAAUUUGACAAAAUCCAAAUGGGUUGAACAAUAUAAUCUACUCAAGGAUUUAAGACCUAGAAAUAGUACUGGUGAUUCUGUAGUCACUGGAGGACUUGGUGCCAUUGCAUCUGGUCAUUCAGUAAAUGCAAAGAAAUCUCGAGAUGGCCAAUAUCAAAAAUUUCCAGGAGCAAAAAUGACAAUGAAGAGUCCCAAGAGGGUGAUUAUGAAGGGAAGCUAUGAACACAAGGAACUUUUUGACAACGAUGGCUCUUGCUUCAGUCCGAAAAGCCUAUUCACAUUGCCUCCUGAUAAUAGCUCCCUCCUGCUGGACUCAUUCCAGUUUGCAGAUGAGAGCUCUGAUCAGGAUCUGCUGCUGGAUGUGCCAUCCAACAACUCCUUCCCACAAGCAGAACUUCUAGUCCCAACUCCUCCAAGUUUUGGCACCCAAGCAAGCAUAAGUAGUAGCUUAGUAUACCCAAAUCUUGGCCAUCCCUGACAAAGCAUGUCGAGAUACUAGUUCAAUCACUAGGGCUAUUUAGGUACCACCUCUGCCAAUACCCAUGGUGCGCUGGGCAUCUUGCAUGCCAAACAUAACGAAUCCUGCAAAUGAGGUUUGGUGUUUGCAUUCUCUUUUUCUUUUCUUGACCUAUGUUAAAUUUGCAAUGUCAGGGGAUGAAUGACUCGGGUUUUUUUGUAUAGGUUGACAAAAAGAUUGUAAUAUAUAGUUCAAUAUUACAUGCAGAAGAGGUGAUCUGUGGAGUUUUUGUAAGCAGCUUACAUUUUGGCUCAGUAACUUUGAGACAACCCGUCUGCUAGCUGACUUUUGUUGUCAUAUAUUUUACCUUUUUGGUCUCUUCUAAGCAUUGGAGAAAACCAUGUGAGAAAAAACCAGGAAAAUUUAGUGGGAUGCAUGUGAAGGAAGUUGAAGUUUGUG